GAAACCAGGUUAAAGGUGACAUGAAGUACCACUUCCAAGAUGGAAACACCAAAACGCCAGCAGCCUUCCUGAAUGAGCUUAAAGCCCAGAGCACACCUAUAUUGGGGAAUGUCCUGAUAUACAUUCGUCUAGUUUUUAAGAACUUGUCCAGAGUCCCUACUGAGGCUGAGGUUCUCAAAGCUGCUAAUGCUCUGCUGGAUGCAAAGAUCAGAAGAGCACGAGAUCUUACAACACAAAAACUGAACGAACCUGUGAGCAUACAGAAUGUCACCUAUCAGAAAACUGACAGCAACUCAUACAUUAUCAACUUUGGAUUCCAAAUCAGUGAUGUGAACAUCUCCAAGGACAUCCAGCUGAGGAGCGAAACAUAUGAUUUAAUCCAAAGCACCAUCAACAGCCUGCUGAACACUAUUCUGAGUGAUAAAAAUGCUACUCCUUUUGUCUUCCCACGAGCAAACUACACGUUUAAUGGUACAGUCGUUGUGGCUGAUUCAGAAUACGUCUUUGUGGAAGGUGAAACCAAGUGGACACCAAGUGGAUUUCUUUCUGCAAUACUCAACAUUAGCGGUCUGUCGAACUUCACCACUCCUGCUGCUCAAACAACGCCCCCUGUCCAUGUAGUCCUGAGGCCCACAGUCCAAAUAAACAACACCACCUCUGGGGGAAAUGCUGCAUGGAUCCUGGCCAUCAUUAUCCCCUGCAGUAUAGUCAUUAUUCUCAUACCGUGCUGGAUUCUGCUCUGCUGUCUGCUGUGUGGCUGCUGUGCUGGUUUAAGGAGGCGCUACAACAGAAGACGGUCCUACAAUGUUCAAUACACAACACGAAAUGGACUCUUUUAAAAACUGUUUGAAUGUAAAAUAAUUUCACCAAAAUAUUAUGUGUAAUUAUUACAAUCUAUUUUAUUUAUAGUUUAUUUUGUAUUUGUUUAUCUAUUUAAUUAUUUCACCCAUUUCAUUCUAUUUUAUUUAUGCUUUUUACAUAAUUAAUUUUCUUUCAUAAAAAUUAAGCUAUAUACAGUCUAUUAAAGUGAAUAAUUAAACAGGAUAAGGUAUAUAUUUUGUCUAAACUA